UUUCUAUUCAAUACGUCAACCCCCACCAUACCUACAUUCUUUUAAAGACUCCGACAUUGCUGGCAUCUUCAUCAAUUCUUCAACGAAAUCGUUUACUUUUAAGCUUUAUCUCCGGCGAAGAUUCCGUUUUCCCGUCGAUCUCCCCAGUAGUUAUUGAAAUAUCUCGGCGUAACCUCGAUUUAGUCGAUCUCGACUCUAUACACGAAGAUGAAUCCCGAAUAUGACUACCUCUUCAAGCUUCUACUCAUUGGAGAUUCAGGAGUUGGAAAAUCCUGUCUCCUAUUGCGAUUUGCUGAUGAUUCAUACUUGGAAAGUUACAUCAGCACCAUUGGUGUAGACUUUAAAAUCCGCACAGUGGAACAAGAUGGCAAAACAAUUAAGCUCCAAAUUUGGGACACUGCUGGACAAGAACGUUUCAGAACAAUCACCAGCAGCUACUAUCGUGGAGCCCAUGGCAUUAUUGUUGUUUAUGAUGUGACAGAUCAAGAGAGUUUCAACAAUGUAAAACAAUGGUUGAGUGAAAUCGAUCGUUAUGCUAGUGAGAAUGUCAACAAGCUUCUUGUUGGAAACAAAUGUGAUCUCACUUCUCAGAAAGUCGUGUCUUAUGAAACUGGAAAGGCAUUUGCUGAUGAGAUUGGGAUUCCAUUCCUUGAAACAAGUGCCAAAAGCUCCACCAAUGUGGAAGAAGCUUUUAUGGCUAUGACUGCUGAAAUUAAAAACAGGAUGGCAAGUCAACCGUCAAUGAACAAUGCUAGACCUCCUACUGUUCAGAUCCGAGGUCAACCAGUCAACCAGAAGUCAGGAUGCUGCUCUUCUUGAAGAAGGUCUUGAAUCUUGAUCAUGGUUUUAUUCUUUUCGAAUUUAAAAAAAAAAAUGAAUUCAGGGAACUUUGAUGUACAAAGUAGGAUAACACUUUGUUGAAUGCCUGUUAUUAUUUUUAUUGUUAUGUUAUACUGUUUGCAAUUUGGCAAAAGUUUUAGCUACUUUUUUGUUUCCUUUGUA